AUGAUGGCGGUGCUUGGGAGCUACGCGAGUUUUUCUCAAUUUUAAACGAAACAGUUUUUCAUUGUUUUGAUAAAUUAUUAGUGAAUUAUUUUAUAUAAAUUUGUUUUUUUAUUUAGUUUAAAGUGUGCCGUCACUGUUAUUUGUGUAAUCAUAUUUGUUUUACAGUGUGUCUUGACGAUAUCAAUAUUGUGUUUUUGUGAUACGAAAAUAUUUUGCUUAUUGGAACCUUAUAAGUGUGUGAAUUAAUGUUUCUAAUGAAAUAAUAAGAUUUAUACAUUAAUCAAUGCAUUUGUAAACAUAUCACUUAUGCAUAUAUUUUUUAUUUUCGAGUUACUAAAUAGACCGCCAAAAUGAAUGAUGUUCGUGAUAAAGGAAUUGCGGGAUCUUCAAGUUGGGAAACUUCAACAUCUCACAGUGACUCGUCUCCUGAAAUCCAAUCGUCGCCGGGAGGUAGUGCCGAAACGCCGCUGACCCCUGGAGCUCCUGUACCUCUUGCGCCCCACCUUGCUGCUGAUUUACAUCCUGAUCUUUUACAGCAAGGUUGGCGAAAGUAUUGGUCUAAGAGAGAGAACAGGCCAUAUUUUUGGAACAAACUCUCUGGUGAAUCUAUGUGGGAAUUACCUGCAGUGAAAAGAGACUUUGAUCCUAUAACGGAUCCACUUGGUAUUUGCCACACGGGCCCUCCUGCUGGAAGUAUGACACCUGGAGCCAGUAAAAGAAGACCUUCAGAGGAUAAUGGUCCUCCUCCUAAGAAAUUUGUUUUAGCUGGGCCUUGGGAUAUAGAAGUUCCAACAAAUGUUGUUAUAUAUGAACGUCCUCCUACUAUCUGUCCACAUCCUCAUCCAGAAAUUGAAGGAUUUAGAUUCACUUUAGCAAAUAAAUUAAGACAGUGCUAUCAAGAGCUUUGUCAUACAAGAGAAAGUAUUGAUGCCCCUAAAGAUUCUUUCAAUAGAUGGUUAAUGGAAAGAAAAGUGAAUGAUCAAGGAGGCUCUGAUCCACUAUUGCCUAGUCAUUGUUUCCCAGAAAUAUCAAGGUCCAUGUAUGAGGAAAUCAUGAAUGAUAUACCGAUAAAAUUAACGCAUCCAAAGUUUACAGGGGAUGCUAGAAAACAGCUAUCUCGCUAUGCAGAGGCAGCAAAAAAAAUGAUAGAAUCAAGAAAUGCUUCUCCUGAGAGUCGAAAAGUAGUAAAAUGGAAUGCUGAAGACACAUUUCAGUGGCUAAGAAGAACAGUAGGAGCUACAUAUGACGACUUUCAGGAUAGACUGGCUCAUUUAAGAAGACAAUGUCAGCCCCAUUUGGCAGAAACGGUGAAAGCAUCUGUGGAAGGAAUUUGUUUGAAAAUAUAUCACUUAUCUGCUGAGUAUGCUCGAAAAAUAAGGGAAAAACACAGCUCUCUUUUAAAGGAAAAUGGAAUACAGGAACUACCUGCACCCCUACAGCAGGCAGCACUCAGAAAGGUGUGGUGCUAUCCCAUACAGUUUGCUGUACCAGCCCCCAGACCACCUCUUAUCGAGCAUUUCCUUGACCGUGACCAGGCACUGGUGCGGUAUCUGGGUGAAACCCAGGUUCUUAAUGCAACGUACCUCCAGAAAUUGGAAUGUUUAUACCGGUACAGUUGCUUUGACGACAAGAAGUUUGAGCAGUUCCUCUCUCGUGUGUGGUGUUUGAUGCGGCGGUACGCGGCGUGGGUGGGCGCGGGCGGCGAGGCGCAUCUCACGCAGAUGGCGCUGCCGAUCCCUGUGCUGGAGUGCUUGCACCGAUGUUUUGGAGUCACGUUCGAGUGUUUCGCGAGCCCUCUCGAUUGCUACUUUCGUCAAUAUUGUUCGGCGUUCGCGGAUACUGAUUCAUAUUUCGGGUCUCGCGGGCCGUUCCUCGAGUUACGUCCCGUGGCGGGGUCCCUGGUUGCGCACCCGCCAUACUGCGAGGAGCUGCUGGAGGCGGCGUUGCGGCACAUGGAGCGCCUGCUGCAGGAGUCUGCCGAGCCGCUAAGCUUCGUGGUGGUGCUGCCCGAGUGGCCUGACCGCGCCACGCACGCGCUGCACAAACUCCAGGCCAGCCACUUCAAGCGGAAACAGGUGGUCAUUCCAGCAUUCGAACAUGAAUAUCGACAUGGAUUUCAACACGUACUUCCAAAGAACGAGGUAUACUUCCGCUGGGGCGGCGGCACGGUGGUGGUGUGGCUCCAGAACGCGGCCGGAUUCGCGCGCUGGGGGCCCACCGAGGAGCGCGUGGAGGCAUUGCUGGACGCCUGGCGCCCGCGCGCCAAGCGGCCCGACCCCGAGCCCGCGCCCACUGGCCCCGCUGCCCCUGGCCCCACGCCGGCCUCGGCGCCUGCCACGCCCAACCCAGCCACUACGCCUGCGCAUGACAACGACGCGAGUCCUACGCCUGUGACUGCAGUACAUCCUGCGCCCGCGCCGGAUAAACACUGACACGGCCCUAAUGCCGACCAGACUAUCAAGAAGUUUUGGACAUUGACAUGCAAUAUGACGUCACGUCUUGGUACAAGUUUAAUUACAUGUGACUUCACGAGCCCUCACUGCACUGCCAAACUUUGACAAGCGUUAUCUUUGUAAUUUUUUGAUUGACUAUAGAAAAAAAUAAUUGUCCAUUUUUUUAUAAUGUAACAGACUAAAUAGAAUUUAAUUUACUUUUCCCCGUCAUCAUCCCUAUACUGGAAUAAGUUUACAUUAUUAUUAUUGGUAUUUCGGCUAUUGUAAAUCUGAAAAUUGGGCUGACCUUUUUAUAUGUUUGUUUUUUAAGAAUUAUAUUUUGUAUUUUUUUUAAGAAAACUAGGGAAUGUACUUUCAAUAUAUAUCUUGCUUUUUCAUUAUUUGAAUUGUGAGAAAUCUAAUCUAUAUAUAAUGUUAUCAAUAUGAAUUAUGAUUUUACCAAUAUCGUUGUAUAAAAAAAACUAUUUAUUUAACAUGUUCAGUAGCAAUAUGUGAAUUGAUAGUGUUAAAAUUGUGCUAUGAAAUAGGUAUACCUACCUAUCUAUAGCUCGUUCUAAAACUACCGUUUCCAGAAAACUUUUGGAAAGCCAGGAAAUGAAAGGUAAAAUGAACUAAGCAUUCUCGUCAAAAGUUGUCUGUCAAAUUAUCAAAUAAUAUUAUUUUUAUGUUUUGUACUAUUUUUUGAUGCGUUAGUUUUGCUUCUGCAGAUAGAAAUAUAUUUAUCGUCAAGUUCAAUUUACGAUUCAGCAGUAUAAAUACAAUUUACUGUAACUUAUUUUAAUUAUCGUAAAAAUCAGUCGACAAUGACAUGUCUCACGGCUGUCGCUAUUUUGAAUGAACUACUUAAAUAUUUUUUUAUUUAUUGUUAUGAAUAUGUAAAAUAAAAAAAUAUAUCACAAAACUUUUUCUAAAUCAUCUUGUUACUUGACACAUUUUAUUUUCUCUACCAAAGAUGAUACUGACUCCGUAGCAUGAGCACCACAAUUUACAUUAUAUUACGUUUUUAAUCGCGUCUAACUGUCAAACUCCAUAGUAAUUUGACAUUUGAGCGUAUAUAUCAUAUCGCGGUGCUCAUCCUAGGGGGACUGAAAUGCAUUUUUUCAUAACAUCUAGAGCGAUACAUUUUUAACGUGUUUGUACAUAAACUCGCGCAAGUGUAAUCUAGGUUCUCGAAAUGGAUUCGAACGUCCAGUGGUAGCCGUAUUAUAUGAACUGCUGAUAAAUCAAUAAUAUAAAACUUCAUGAUAAUACGACUAUGACGCAGCUUUUGACCUGCCCGUUCCGCUAUGCAACGCGAGGCUGGGUUGGUCAUCGUGUAAAUAUAUACGUAGAUAAGUAUUUAGUGUAUACUUUAUUUUUAUGACUUUUUUUGGAGUCGUUUUUUCUGUUGUAUAGAUCGAUAAAGAUUUAUUAUGUUUUUGAUGUUCGUCAUUAUAUUUUCUGAGAAAAGAGG